GUGGUAAAGAUGAAAUUGUUGCUGAUACUAGUUGUGGCUGCCUUCGCUGUGGUCCUCGUGGAUUCCCGGAUUGUAAAACAUAAAAAAACAAAACCCUCAACUAAAGUUGCUUCGACCACAAUUUCUUCAAAUACAACUGUUUCAUCUGUAGACUCUACAAGCACAACCGCCUCAACUACCGUUGCUUCGACCACAGUUUCUUCAGAUACAACUGCUUCAUCGACCGACGUCUCAACCACAACUGUCUCACCCUCUUCUCUGGACCAUGCCGACCUCGUACAAUGGUGUUUCGAACAGGCUUUGACUGAUGUAUGUGAUGAUUUGGUGGCAUAACUCUCAGGAAUGGCAUUGUCAAAUUAAGUUUUUAAGUAAUUUGGCUUUUUAAAAUAAAUAUGCUUCCUUUGGAGUUAUGUACAUAUUUG